AACAUAACAUUGUUCCCAAUGUUCUUGUUGCGUGCGGUUCAUUGUUCGGUUUUUGCGCAUGAAAUUAUAACAACGCGUAAUUAAAGCUGCGUAAAGUGCCAACAGCAAACAUAUUAGCCUAACUGCAACAACUAAUUGCACAGGCCGCGCCGCACAAAGCACCCGCCUUUCGUUUUGUGUCGUAAACUGUAUAUUACAUUUAAUAUUCGUUCAACACAAUUACAAAUAUACGUAUAUGUACAUACAUGCAAUGCAAAUUGAAUGUAAAUAAAACAGCACUCACAAAUACAGUAGCAGCAGCAGCAACAGCAGCGGCAGCAGCAAAACAAAAGUGAAAUUAACACGUGCGCUUAACACCGCUUCCUCAGUUCUUCUCGAAGGUUUUUGUUGUUGCUUUUCCUCUGUCGUUCUUUUGACGGUCGCUGCCGGCAUCUAAUUUUUGGCUGGCAUUUGAUUUGCCUUUGGAUUUAAUUAUUACUUAAACAAACAAACAACAACAGCAGCAGCACAAACAAAACAACAAAAUGGUUCAGGCUUUGGAUUACGAUUGCGAGAUGCAGGGUCAGCAGGACAUACCGCAGGCGAUUCAGCUGCUGGGCGAGAUGAACAGCAAUGUGAAGCAGGUGACGGAUCUGGUCGAGGGAAUGCUGCAGCGCGUCAAGCGCGGCGAGCUGAGCACAGAGUACGGCCUGAGCUUUCUGGAGGUCAAGUACCAUAUGCUGCUCGACUACUUGAUCAAUCUGACAUAUGUGGUGCUGCGCAAAUGCUCCGGCGAGACCAUCGAGGGCGAUCCCUCGAUCGAGCGCCUGAUCGAGAUACGCACCGUGCUGGAGAAGAUCCGGCCCAUAGACCACAAGCUGCGCUAUCAGAUUGACAAGCUGGUCAAGACGGCGACAACUGGAGUCUCGAGCAGCACAGAUCCCAUACUCUACAAGCCCAAUCCCGAGGAGAUGCUCAGCGCUGCCGGUGCCGAGGCCGAGGAGGAGGCGGCUGAGGCAGCCAGCGACAGCGAUGAGGAUGACGAUGAGGAUGACGACGAGGAGGGCGACGGGGCAGGCGCUGCGAAAAAGCCGCGCAAGGCGGCCACAGCUGGCAAAUCGGGCGUCUAUGUGCCGCCGCGCAUUAAGCCCGUCUACUACGACGGCGAUGAGCGGGACGCGGACAAGGAGCAGAAGGCUCUGGAACGUGCCAAAAAGCGAGCCAUCACCUCGUCGAUGCUGCAGGAUCUGAAGGAGGAGUAUUUGGAUGCGCCCACUGAGCUCUCCUCGGGCUCGCGCGCCCAGCAGCUGCUCUCGCAAUCGCAGAAGGAGAAGCAGGAGUACGAGGAGACCUACCUGGUCCGUCUACCCGUCACCAAGGCGGAGAAGCAUCGCCAGCGAAAGCUUACCACAUUGGGCACUCUGGGCGAUGAAAUUCUGGGCGAGAUCAAUCGGGAGUCGGCGCUGCGUGGCGAUGGGCUAAGCAAAAAACGCAAAUUGGCCAAAAGCCGCGGCAAGGGCAAGAAGCGCGUUGGCAAAAAGCGCAAGUUCCAUUAAUAGGCCGAGGCGCGAGCUUUGAAAGAGUUUUCCAAUCGAUUCAAAUAAUUUGAGUUUUCCAUUCAUUUAUGAUAUUCGCAACAGAAUGCAAUCGAAAGCUUAGAACUUUUUGAUUGUUUCUUCAGUUCAUAUUAAUUAUUAUUAUUACAAAAACAAACUAUUUUGUUGCAUUUGCAUUGUUUUAACCAAAUUCUGUUUACAUUUUCGCUUAAUGUUAAGUUUUUGACCUUUAAUUUUUGCUUAAUUAUAAUUUCCCUUAAAUCGAUUUCAUUGUUAAAAGUUUACUUCACAAAGGCAACGUUUUUUGGCGUUGGAUAUUAUCAAAAAAAUAUUAAUUUUUCUAUAUAAUUAAGCAGGCAACAACAACAACAAAAUGCCAAAAAAAAAUGCGUUAAAAAAACACAAAAAAAAAAAGAAUUAACAAAGAAAAAAAAAUCAUGUAUAUGCGCAUUGUAAACUGCAUUAAAUUUAGGCCACAAAAUUAAGUACAUAAUAUUUUCUUUCGACUCACGCUAAAAAUGUAUUUUAAACUAAAUUAAGCAAAUACAAAAUUGAAUGGCGAAAUUGAAAGCGAAAUUCAAAAUUAGCAAGAACAAAAAAACAAGUUAAAAAAAACCCUUCUAGUAUAUUUAUAAAUGAAAUUUCCACUUAAAACUAAACUUUAAGGCACAGCAAAAUUUUUGCAUUUAGCAAAAAACCAAAAAACAAAACCAAAACUCAAAAACGUUUCGUUGUUUUUAGGAGUCCAACUAAAAUGAAAAACACAUUUUGGCUGCUUACGAUAUGCUUUCAAAAAAAAAAAAAUACUUGCAAAAAAGUUGAGCGACAAAAUUCAAAUUCAAAAA